GCUCAACAACUGAGGUCUUCGCGCCUGACCUUUGUCGUGUCUGGAUUUGGGUACACGCGUCAAUAGUCGGUCAUCGAAACCAAGAGCUUCCUCAAGAAGAUAGAAGGCACUUCCAUACCCUGACAUUUCAAGCUACUGCCAUGACUGAGAACAGCCAGCCUCUGAGCUCGCACCUCGAUCUCGCGGUGAAACACUGGUCAGAAGUUGUAGCGUUGCGGAGUCGUUCAGCCAGUACCUGCACUGAUGGAGAAUCCUUUACUGUUGCUGGCGUUGUGGCAGUUGCUCGCUUCGGUAUCGCUCCAGAUAUUCCAACGUCGCAUGACGCAUUGCAGGCUGUCGAACAAUCUGCGCAGCUUGUGACAGCAUACAUUACCGCAGCAGAAAGUGGAAAGGAUAGUAUGUACGGUGUUACUACCGGGUUCGGAGGCAGCGAAACACCCGAGCCAGAUCGUCGGAGGUCGCGCUCAAACUCCAACGAGUCCUCGUCAAAGGGUUGCAGGCAGGCAUCGUACCUCCUCGAAAAGGAUGGGCAACACUGCAGUCUCAUGAAGCUAGCGGAAACGAAGAAUAUGGCUCAGCAAGCGCAUCGCAAGACUCUACGCUUAUGGAAUCUUUGACGAACGGAACUUUGCUGAUGCCAGAAUCAUGGGUCCGAGGUAAGAAUCAAUGACUCGCGCUUGACAUGCAGCACGUACUGUACAAUUAUCAUGAAAAUCCCGCUCAUGGAUGCCCUACGGGACGUUACCGCUGUUGCUACGCUUCAUAGGCGAUUAUUGACGCACGAUGCAUAGGUGCCAUCGCGAUCAGAAUCAACGCCUUGAUCCGCGGUCACUCUGGAUGCAGAUGGGUUGUCAUUGAUGCACUUCAAAAGCUCCUUGCGGCAAACGUCAUUCCAUGUCCUC